GUGUCCCAAGAAGAAUUUCCAGGGAGUUGAAAAGUUGAGCCUGAUUCCCAAACUUUUGCCUGCAGCCUGUGGCAUGCCUGUGGAGUGUGGCAAUAACGGGAAGCUGGUUGGCCAGAGGGAAAUGACCCAUGAAGGAUUGCUCAAGCCAAGGACCAACUUGUGACAACGUGGGUCCAAUAGUCAACAACCACAGUAACUGGUGAACGAGAACCUCACCUUAUGAAAGGAGAUCUGGGUGUGACUACAGCAGCAUAUAUGACAGAAGAUGCCAGUCAUCAACAUCGAGGACCUGACAGAAAAGGACAAAUUGAAGAUGGAAGUAGACCAGCUCAAGAAAGAGGUGACACUGGAAAGGAUGAUGGUUUCCAAAUGUUGUGAAGAAGUAAGAGAUUAUGUUGAAGAACGAUCUGGAGAGGAUCCUCUAGUGAAGGGGAUUCCAGAGGACAAAAAUCCCUUCAAGGAACUCAAGGGGGGCUGUGUGAUUUCCUAGGCAGGAGGGAAGUUUUCUUAGAAUAUUUAGAUUUUAAUGAUGACUGAAAAUAUUCUGCUAUAAAAUUGAACUUGUACAUGUUGUUCAAAUUUAUAAACUUUAAAUUUUAAUAAAAACAAAG